AUGACUGUAACUUCUAAGCAUGCAACCUUGCUUACGCCGGGGCCCAUCGAGACCGAUGAUGAUGUGCUUCUCUCCAUGGGCCAUCCGUCCGAGAGCCAUGUGGGCCCAUCGUUCGCCCGUGUGUUUGGCGAGACCCUCACCAUGCUACGACGAAUGCUCCAAACAAGCAAUCCCGACAGUCAGCCAUUCAUCUUGGCCGGCUCAGGUACCCUGGGCUUCGAUCAAGUCGCGGCCAAUCUUCUGGAGCCAGGCGACCGUGCUCUCGUCUUGAAUUGCGGCUACUGGGGAGACGCUUUUGCUGAAUGUCUAAGGAUUUACCGCAUCGAAGUCGACGAACUGCAGGCGCCCACGGUCGGGAGCCAACCCCCUGUAUCAGAUAUUGAGAGGAUGCUACGGGCGACGAAAUAUAAAGCCAUUACGAUUACUCACACAGAUACCUCGACCGGGGUCCUGAGCGAUGUAAAAUCCAUCGCCGCUCUCGUGCACACCGUCUCCCCCGACACUUUAAUCAUCGUCGAUGGCGUGUGCAGCAUUGGUUGCGAAGAUCUUCGCUUUGACGAAUGGCAGCUAGACAUUGUCCUGGGCGCAUCACAGAAAGCACUGGGAGCACCGGCUGGGUUAUCCAUCGUGAUGGCAUCCUCCCUCGCCAUGCAGAUUUUCCAACAGCGCCAAACGCCUCCAGGAGCGUACUAUGCAUCGUGGAAACGUUGGGUGCCGGUAAUGUGCAGCUACGAGUCUGAGCCCAGCCCGAAAUACUUCGCUACGCCUCCCUGCCAUUUGAUCCGCGCCUUGCACGUAUCAUUGACGAAAAUACUCUCGACGUCAUGGGAGGAACGUCUCCAACAGCACGAGGUUGCGUCUUCAAAAGUGAAGGAUGCUGUCGCCGACCUGGGAUUGGAGCAAAUAUGCGUGGAGCCUAGCAGUCAGGCGCACAGCAUGACGGCGUUUUGGCUGCCGUCGGGUCUGCGAUCCGAAAACGUAUUACCAUUUCUCGCACGGAAGGGAGUGAUUUUGGCGCGUGGUCCGCAGAAGGAAAUUGCGGGCCAAUACAUCCGCUUCGCACAUAUGGGAAUCUCGGCGACAGAUUCGAGGCGUACGGAUGUUGACAAGGGUAUUUCGGCACUGAAAGAGGUGCUCACAGACCUACGCUUGGGUUGA